CCCAGCACAAAACUCAAGGUCCAACCAGAGUUAGUGAUCAGUCCCAACCGGAGAGCGUCCUUUCUGACCAGAUCAGCAGAUUAAUACUUGAAAAUCACCCGUUAAGAUGGGAGACUGGGGAUUUCUGUCAACCCUGCUGGAGAAAGUCCAGUCCCAUUCCACGGUGAUUGGGAAGAUCUGGAUGAGCGUCCUCUUCCUGUUCAGGAUCAUGGUUUUGGGUGCGGGUGCUGAAAGCGUCUGGGGUGACGAGCAGUCGGGUUUCCUCUGUAACACCCAGCAACCCGGUUGUGAAAACGUCUGCUAUGACUGGACCUUCCCCAUUUCGCACAUUCGCUUCUGGGUCCUCCAGAUUAUCUUCGUGUCCACGCCGACGCUGAUCUACCUGGGUCAUGCCAUGCACAUCAUCCACAAGGAGAACAAGCUGAGGGAGCAGAUCUCCAGCCCCGGUGGCCCCCACAAGCUCAAAGCUCCCAAAUAUACCGAUGAGAAGGGACAGGUGAAGAUCAAGGGGAACCUGCUGGGCAGCUACUUGACCCAGCUCGUGGCCAAGAUCGUGAUCGAGGCCGCCUUCAUCGUGGGACAGUACUACUUGUACGGCUUUGUCAUGGUCCCCAUGUUCCCCUGCUCUAAGAAGCCCUGUCCCUUCACCGUGGAGUGCUACAUGUCCAGGCCCACCGAGAAAACCAUCUUCAUCAUCUUCAUGCUGGCGGUCGCCUGCGUCUCUCUGUUCCUCAACAUCAUUGAGGUGUUCUACCUGAUUUGCACCAGGACCAAGUGCAGGUCCAAGUCUCGCAACAACAAGCUCACCUCAGCAGAAAACCCCGCCAGACUCUCAGCUCCCAGCUGGCCGACUUCACACGAAGCCCUCAAGCAGAACCAGAUUAACCUGGAGCUGGAGAGCAACCACAGCGUCGGAGGAAACCUGGACGGGGCCAAGGAAGAAAAGCGGCUAUUAAGCGAUCAUUAAGAACCUCUGAUGUGACCAUUAAGAUCUAGUUCACUGUCUGUCUCAGAUAUUUGCCCUGAAAGUUGCUUGUUCAAAUACACUCGAGAGACUCAAGUAAAGAUUUGUGUGCUGGUCUGUUCAUCAUAGCAGGAUAGAGAAAGAGCUCCAUCACUGUGUAAUCAUGCAUCACUAUACACCGAGAAAAUUCUUCAGGGAUAAAAUAAAGGAGUUCACUGUUGGAUUUUUACUUUCACUGUUUAAACAAAAGUCUGCAAAGGAAAGUGUGUAACACUGAUGUAUAUAUAGUACAGAUACUUAACUGUAACUCUGUGAGUGAGCAGAAUUGUGUUCAUGCCCAGCUAUUGAAUGUGUACUUUUAAGUUAUUGUAAUGUUCAUUAUGUCAGUAAAUUUCUUAUUGGACAAUAAUGUCAAUGAUUGUGGUGAAACGUCCGUUUCUGCAUUUUUCUAUGCUUUGUUGUUUAUAAUAAAUGAUUUAAGUUGAAUAUAA